AUGUCUUUCUUCCUCUUGACUGCGCUGGCUUGGACGACAAGUGCAGCUUCUCCUAAAGCCACAACAUUAAACGGAACAUACGUUGGCAAGAACCUACCCGGCUGGGAUCAAGAUGCCUUCCUAGGCAUUCCUUACGCUCAGCCCCCUGUUGGGAAUCUCCGGUUCAAGUGGCCUCAAAGCUUGGACAGUUCCUUCAAAGAGGAACGCACAGCCACUGAGUAUGGAGACAGUUGUAUGCAGUACACUCAGAACUGGACCAUGUCCGAGGACUGCCUUUCUUUGAAUGUUAUUCGACCAGCCGGAAAGCCAAAGAAACUCCUACCAGUUCUAGUUUGGAUUUACGGCGGUGGUCUAUACGCCGGCAGCUCUGCCGACCCACAAUACAACCUCAGUGGGAUUGUCAAAGUCAGUCAAGAUAUCAAAGAGCCUAUCCUAGCAGUGAGCUUUAACUACAGAUUGGGGAUGUGGGGUUUUCUCCAGAAUUUCAGCCUUCUGAAGGAAGGUAACGCCAAUGCUGGCCUCCUAGACCAACGACUUGCACUGCGCUGGAUCCAAGAGAACAUUGAAGCUUUUGGAGGCGACCCAGAACGAGUUGUUGUGUGGGGCGAGAGCGCUGGAGCUCAGAGCAUUGCGUAUCAGAUGUUUAGUUACGAUGGUCGAGAUGACGGGCUGUAUCGGGGAGCUAUCCUUGAAUCAGGAGGCAUUACAGGGGCACAGAUUCAUGAUCUCAGUUACUACAAUGUCGCUUUUGAAAAUCUCACAAGGACUGUCGGGUGCUGGGACAAAAAGGAUCAGCUUGCGUGUCUCCGAGAGUUGGAUGAAAAGUCGCUAUAUGCUGCGCGUCCUUCAUUGACGUUCAACCCUCUGAUUGACGGUACUUUCUUGACCGGUUACCCCAGCCAGCUCAUCCGCGAGAAGAACUAUCACGCCGUGCCUCUUAUAAUUGGUGCAAACACUGACGAAGGCUUCUGUAUCGGAAAAGUCAGCACGGAUCAAGAUCUCUUCUACGAGGCUUUUCGGUGGCGGAACUACGCUCUGAGCGCCCCAACGAUCCGAAAGCUCAUGGAACUUUAUCCUGACGAUCCAUGCCAUCAACCUCCCUACGCCAUCACGAAUUGCUCAAGACAAGAUGGAAACUACCAAGGACGACGUGCCUGUGCUAUUGGCGCCGACAUAACCAUGAUCUCAGGACGCAGGAAACUCGCAGAACUAUAUGCCCAGUCUGAGGAUGUGUACUCCUACCGGUUCGAUCAAAGACCAUACCUGAGAUCUGAAUGGGAUGGAGUGAAGCAUUUUGAUAAUGUUGCAUUUAGCUUCCAGAAUAUAUCUGGAUUGCUAGGUCCAAGUCCGCAAUACGAUAGUCACGCUGUGCUGGCAAACACCAUUGGACAGGCUUAUAAAUCUAAUAUCUCUUUCUUAGAGUUUAUCAACACUCUCAACAACUCAAUAUCAGGCAGCAUAUUCCUCAAGACUGGACAGCUCCAAGCUGGAAUACCAUGCGUCGCCAACGGGUUUAUCGGCCAGUUGUCAGUUUCAGCAGCUGACUUUUCAGUCCUGGCUAUUUCGGUUACAACCCUGCUCACUGUGAAGAGGAUGUUGUACAUACCGACAACUUCAAGAACGAAGAAAGCAUUGAUUUGUGUGGCAGUAUGGACAAUGCCUCUCAUCACAAGUAUCAUACCGACUGCUGCGGGUGAGAUGAAGCCAGUGGGCGGGAACUGGUGCUGGAUAUCAGCAACCCGACCAGAUUUACGCUACGGUAUGACGCAUGGUUGGCGCUUCUUCGUUAUUUUCACUACUGUUAUUAUCUACAUCUACAUCUGGAUUUACUUAAGAAGACAUCUGGGCUCAAAGCCAAAGCAACCUCGGCAGCCUCUAACCUUCUCGACGCACAAUACCAAUACACUCUUUUCCAAAGGCUCCAAGGGCGCGGGAUUCCAAGUUAUGCAAGAGGACGAAGUCGAGCUGGACACUUUCAAGACGAGAUACGGGAAUACUGAUACUCCCAUUUCGCCCAUAUUCGAGCGAGGGAACAAGAUAGACGAAACCGAGGAUAUGGAAAGAAAAGCAGAGACGGCCUAUACAGGACUUGCUAACACUGAACCAACCGAAGCAUUACCGAUUCCGCAGCACCAGAUCAACAUAUUACAAACCAACGCCAGCGAAUUCCCUCAGCGCCGGGCCACCCACGAUGUUGAAGUCGAAAUCAAGCGGAUGAUGUUACUGAAUGGGUAUCCGGUUAUGUAUGUCCUGCUCUGGAUUCCGGGACUUACGAAUCGACUCCUGGAAGCGAUUCAGACGCCGGUAUCGGAUACGACGAUUGCUGCUCUCAAUACCUCAACGCAGUUCAUCGGCUUUGCGAAUGCAGUUACUUAUGGGUUUAAUCAUCAUCUAAGGGAUAGGCUGGAUGCGCUUUAUUGGACGCCUAUGAUUAUGAGAAUGAAGAAGCGGUUUAGACAAUAAUGUUAUGUACGUAUUUUUAUGAGCACAAAGAUUAUUAAGUAGAAGACCUUUUGUUG